UCCUUGCCAGGUGUUCGUUCGGGCGUGGCACAUCCAGGGGUGGUGGUCGCCAUCGCGUCCCGCAUGGCUGGGCCAUCCAUCCUGGAAGAAUCCCCGGUGAGGCCACAAGGCGACAACCUUGUUGGGGGGUAAUUAAGGAAGAGCUUUUCCACUGCUGGCCAUGUUGAUGUCCCUAUUCACAGGAUAACUGAACCUCGAUCCGUCUUUAGUAUACAACUCGUGUCUAUUUCUUCGAGAGACCUGGCAUCUCAUUACACGUUUACUAGUCUGUCACCAAGCACCAUUCAUUCUCACAUCAUCACCAUGUCUUCCGCCAUUUGCAGAAAAAGCAUCGACAGCACCAUGUCAUACUUCGCCGUCAGCAUGGGCAGGGCGUCCGUCCAGAACAACGUCUCCCUCUGGACGACCCUGUCCCAGUGCUACGGCGAGGUCGCCAAGACCUACAACCUCCAAGACCCUGAGGGCAUUCUUUCGAUGCCAGACAGCAUCUCCAAGGUCGUCCACGCGACCUUUGACCAUGACGAGCACGGCCUGAUCGAGCGGGAAUCCUCCUCCAUGGCCAACCACCUCGACGACGCCACCAAGGCGCACAUGCUCGCCCAGGCCGUCGCCGGCACCGUAGCCUUCUUCCGCGAGCUCGCCUCGCACCACCAGCACGGCCCCGUCACGCAGGCCGGCUUCGACCGCGAGGUCCACCGCUUCGCUGGGUGCGAGCUGCGCUCGGCCAUGGUCCGCACCAUCGCCGAGAGCCGCCUGUUCGGCCGCUGCUACACCAAGAGCCAGAUCGCGGACCUCAUCGCCGCCGCCGUCGAGGGGAAAGUCAACGGCGCCGAGUUCGCGUCCGAGGACGAGUACCAGAACGCCAUUGGCUGGGCGACGGAGCUGCCCGCGCGGAAUAUGGGCCUGCCCUGGGGUUUCUCCAUCAUGGCUCUCAACUAAG